AUGCAAGUCCCUAUCAACACACCCACACUCUCAUCCUUCUAUGUGCCAUCCUUUGAUCUCUCCAAGCGAAGAACAGAAAAGGGUCAACUCAAUCCCGAAAAGAUGGAACACCCCACUAAUGACUCCUCAUUCAAAGCAAACACAACAAAUUUUGAAAAUAAUCCUUCCGUGAUGAUGAUGACAAGUUUCCAAGAGGCUUCCUAUCGAAGAGAUCGUUAUCAAAAAAUUGCAGAAAUUCAAAAUUUUAAUUCUUCAGGAGUCGGAAUUUAUUUAUGGCCAUCAUGUGUCAAAUUUUUUCAAGCUCGAGAUUUUAAAAUGGGUGAAUAUAAAACCAUCAUUGAAAUUGAUUGUAAAAAAGCAGAAAAUCCAUCCUCUUUUCUCAUGUAUUUUAUGUCACAAUUUAACAUGUAUUCUCACAAAAAUUUAAUUCCCAUUUUAGAUACUUACAUGACCAAGACAUCUUGUUGUUUUGUGACACCAUUUUAUCCACAAGGAAAUUUAUUAAGAUUGGUCAAAACAAGAUUGGAAAAACAAAAAUUCCUUAAAGGUCAAACUAUUUUAAAAUACUUCUCGCAAUUAUUGGAUGCACUUUCUUACCUUCAUAACACUUUGAACACCACUAUGUAUGGAUGUAUUUCUUUAGAAAAUAUUUUUCUUGAUGAAACUUUGGAAAAUGUUUUUUUGGGAUAUGUUGGAAUUCAUAUUCACACCAUGAAUCUCUAUCUUAAUGCAUUUUUCAAACAAGCAACUUCCUCCGUGUUGGAAUUUGCUAACCUUAUUCCAAAAACAAAGGAAGAAGAAGAUGCAGAUGAUCCAUUCAAUUACAAUAAUGUGGAUGAUGGAAUCAAGUCACUUUUUGGAAACACUCGAUCAACAAGUAACAGCAACAACACAAAUGUGAGUGCUACUGGCAAUAAUGAGAUGAAUGGAUGGAAACUUUUAGAUAUUUAUGCACUAGGUGUUGCCAUGUUUCAAAUCAUGUCUCUAACCAUGGAUAUGAAUUCUGAGGAUCUAUCGCAAGAGACUGAAAAGAAUGCUCUUCAAUUUUCACAUACCUACCAACUGAUUAAAACUCUCCAACAACAGCAACAGUUUUCGGAUGAGGAACUUUCUUAUUGGAAGGAAUACAUACGAACCAAAGUGAGCAGAAUUUAUCACAACCGAAAUUUGACAAACCUCGUUAUUGACAUGCUCAACAUUGGCCAAUCAAGAUUGACAGCAGAACAAUGCUCAAAACAACUCGCUAAUGUACAUCCAGAAGACGACGAUGACGAUGAAAACACUCCCUAA